AUGCAAUUCUCAACUACCACGCUCAUCUUCCUCCUCGCCACGGCAGUAGCAGCUAGUCCUCUACCUGUCGAAUUCAACAACGACUUAGCCAUUCGAGCCAAUCCUCCUCCUCAAGGCCCACCACCACCUGCAGGCCAGAAUGGCGGCAACAAGCCUGCGCCACCUGCGAAUGGCGGGAAUAAGCCAGCAAACGGAGCAAACCAGCCUCCCGCCAAACAAGGACCGCCAAAGCAUGCCAUUCGAGCCGGUCCUCCACCACCAGGCCCUCCUCCUCAGAAUGGCGGCAACCAGCAAGCUCCACCCGCAAACGCUGGCAAUAAGCCUGCCCCUCCAGCAGCAAAUGGAGGGAACAAGGCGCCUGCUGCUCAGCAAGGUCCACCAAAACACGCCAUUAGAGCUGGUCCUCCACCACCACAACCUCCUCCUCAGAAUGCUGGCAACAAGCCUGCGGCACCUGCGAAUGCUGGAAAUAAGCCUGCACCUCCAGCAGCAAACGGAGCGAACAAGGGGCCAGCUGCUCAGCAGGGACCACCAAGAAAUGGGAACUGA